UAACUUGUAUUGCAAUUUUAUUUGAGGUUAAACAUUUGAAAGAAACAUUGUUGGGUGUAGAUAAAUUUAAAUAUCUAUUUACGUUUCAAUUUUAGUUAAUACCAAAUUGACAUGAAAGUUGAAGAAUUGUACUCUGCAGACAAAGAUAGUCAGAUUGGAGUUACAUUCCAAAGACAGCCGUUUGAGACGCAAGUUGGCAUAUUCCCAGAGGUAAGUCCGCUGAGGGAGUGUGAGAAUCCUGCAGGAAUGUCUCAGAACCCCGGCGAGCCUCUGGAAUCUGCACUGACGAGUAUCCAGGUAGAGGAGGCGCUCUGCAAAGCUGUCAAACACCAAGAGGAAGAAGGAUUUCGGCCCAUACCAGUCAAAAGAGUUGACGGCCAAGCUGAAACCCGUAUUCAGGAUGCUGACACAGAAGCAGAGAGGGAUGAUGUAAACCCAGAAAGAUCACGCCAUGAAGAACUGCUGAAGGAGAUUGACACAGAGGGAGGGGAAGCCAAAGGAGCCAAAGUGAAGAAGGAUAAGAGAGACAGCACUUUGACGAGAAUGAAGGAUAAGCUGAAGAGCUUGAGGGGCGACAAAGGAGAGGGGUGCGAGGAGGGAAGGCCGGUCACAAAGUCUAUGAGUAAGAUCUUCCAACGCAUUAAGCCCGUGGGAAAAGCCAGUAGGGAGAGCUUCAGCAAAGUGUUCCACAGGAUCGGAGAUGCUCUGCAGAAAAAGGAAGAUGACAAAGAGCCGAAGGGAGAAGACAAAACACUGUCGCUAGACAGAAAAGAGGUCGAGAAAAGGCUGAGGCAUCAGGACUAAAGAGCUUGCAAUUUAUAAACCGUAUGUGUUAUACCUAGGUGUUUUUAAGUGGAGACAUUUAAAAUUACAUGUUUGGAUUGUGUUGAAUAAGUGUUGCCGCUGUUAGUUUCAAUCAUUACUUUAAAAUGAUUAUUUUAAAAAUUGACAGUUAUUUAGACAUUUAUUUUCUUAAGUGUUACACAUAGGUAUAAGAAAAUAGACAUUUUAUAAAUUG